AUGGAUAUUAACCGAUAUCUUUUAAUUUUUAUCGGAUGGUUAGUUCGAACUAGUUAUCAAAUUGAAUGUCUUCAAUGUACAAGCCCUAUUCGACGUACUUCAACUAGUAGGGAUCAUCCAUGUUUAGAUGGUACUUUAUCACCAUUACCAUGUGAAGAAUCAAAUAAUGCAUCAGUAUCAACUUUUAUACAAUGUGUAUCCGCUCUCUAUAGAAUAGGUCAACGAGGAAGUGCAGGUAAAAAUUUUACAAAAUUAUUAAUCUGCAAUAAGUAA